AUGAUCGAAGACAAAUACUUCGAUAUCCUUAACGAAGGCCUACCAUCGCAAGACAUUGUUAUUCCCGAAAGACUAGAGAAAAGAACCAUGGUGACCGAUAAGGUGGAUAGAAAUGGAACGCGCCAUGAAGCUGUCAUCCCCGUUGGCACGGCUUAUACUCCUUUGCCGAAAGAGUUUGCUGCUCCAUCGGCAAAGAACUACUUAUUUGAAUUGGACGACUUCCAGAAGAUUUCUGUAUGUAGUCUUGAAAGAGAUGAAAGUGUCCUUGUAAGUGCACAUACAAGUUCUGGGAAAACUGUUGUUGCAGAAUACGCCAUUGCAAUGUCAUUGAAGAGUAAGCAAAGAGUUGUGUACACAUCUCCGAUCAAAGCAUUAUCUAACCAGAAGUACAGGGAGCUUCUUUCCGAGUUUGGCGAUGUGGGCCUAAUGACAGGAGAUGUCACCAUCAACCCGACAGCAACGUGCCUUGUGAUGACGACAGAGAUUCUUCGUAACAUGCUCUAUAAGGGAGGCGAGGUGGUUCGUGAGAUCCACUGGAUUAUCUUUGACGAGAUACAUUAUAUGAGAGACAAAGAAAGAGGAGUUGUCUGGGAGGAGACCAUCAUAUUGCUUCCAAGGCAUGUUCGGAUGGUGUUUCUCAGUGCAACGAUUCCAAAUGCAUUAGAGUUUGCAGAAUGGAUAUGCCAUAUCCAAAAUCAGGUUGUUCAUGUUGUUUACACCGAGAAGAGGGUGACACCUCUUGUCCAUUACUUCCGCACAAAUAAGCUGUACAAGAUCAAGGACAAGAAGUUCCACAAAUCAAGUUUUUUAUCUGCAAUGAGAUCGAUCCAGAAGAGAGCUGUCGGGCCCCGAGAGGUAAGCGAAGCAAUAAGUGAUGCAUCUCUUCCUGUUGUUGUGUUUUCAUUCAGAAGAAAGGACUGCGAGAAGUUUGCGAUGAAGCUAGACAAAAGCUAUCUCGGGGACUCCGAAGCAAAGAUGGUACAGACGAUAUUUACUAAUGCCAUCAUGUCUCUCCGAAAGGAGGAUCGAGAGAUUCCGAUUAUCCAAAACAUCCUUCCUCUUCUUAUGAGAGGAAUUGGGAUUCAUCACUCCGGGCUUCUUCCCAUAAUCAAGGAGGUUGUGGAGAUACUGUUUCAGGAAGGGUUACUGAAGGUACUCUUUGCAACAGAGACAUUUUCGAUUGGGCUCAAUAUGCCUGCAAAGUCUGUGGUGUUUACUGCACUGAAGAAAUUUGAUGGAGAAUCCAUGAGGCUGGUGAGUUCUGGAGAGUAUAUUCAAAUGAGCGGAAGGGCAGGGAGAAGAGGAAUAGAUAGCAUGGGGAUUGUGAUAAGUAUAAUAUCCGAGCCCAUUACCUACAAAGAGGUUUGUAAGCUCUUUUCCUCAUCCUCGGAUAAUCUUGUGAGUGCAUUCCGACUGACAUAUAACAUGUUAUUGAACCUGAUGAGGGUUGAAGGCCUUGACCCGUUAUAUCUGAUCAGUAGAAGCUUCCAUCAUUUCCAAUCAUACAAGAAGGCUCUAGCCGAGGAGGAAACUUUGUACUCGAUGCACCGACAACUAGAAAACAUUUGCCCCAACGGGAUUGUGACACUGUAUAGAAUAAGAGAGGAAAAGAAGGUUGAAAGAAACAAAAGACUAUCUGAGGAAUUCAGCAAGUAUUUGAAGAAGGGAAGGGUUGUUGAUUUGUUUAUACCUAGGAAUGGGCCAUCCAUCACAAUAAGGAAUGCGAUAGUCAGCAAGGUCCAGGAGAAGGUCCUUUGCAUGGUUGGGACUGAUGAAGGAGUGUACAUGUGUGGGUUUCCCUUGUACUACGUUGACUGUGUAUACGAUAGUAGAGUGAAGUUAGAUAUGAGAGUGUUUACUCGGAGCUUUGAGAAGAUUACAGUUGAAGAUGAGUUAGACAAGGAGAUAGGAGAGAUAGAGUCUAAAAUAUUGUCCAUAGAUCCUAAGUGGAGUUUUGACUUCUGUAUGAUAUGCGGAAAGCCCUCCAUGGGAUGCUUAGUCUCGUGCAGUAAGGAGUUGAUUAGUAAAGAUGCAGUUAUGGUCCAAGUUCCUGAGAACGGAAGGAAUUACAGGGAGAAUCCCAAGCAGUCGAGAUGGUUAGAUACAAAGAUGAAAGGUGAGAUAGGAGAAGCAAGGUCGUACUUCAUGAAUGAGAUACUGAAGCAGCAAUGUAUGGAUAAACUUCUUGAGCUCAAAGGCCUUAAAGAGAUUUAUCACAUGAGAGAAUGCAAGAAAAUGAUCGAGGUUUUGAAGAAGCUUGAAUACUGCAACGACACUAGCGUACUUAUAAAGGGAAGAAUGGCAUGUGAGAUUUCAUCUGGUGACGAGCUUGUUCUUACGGAAAUGAUAUUCAAUGGAGACUUUGCAGGAAUUCCAGUGGAGCACUUUGUUCCAUUGCUGUCAUGCAUUGUAUUUGAGGAAUGGGACUCCGAUAACUUUGUCUUGAGUGACGAAAACAAGCUAUAUUACAAAUUGCUGUCUUCCUCUGUAGAGAAGGUUUGUGGUGUUCUGAAGUCAUGUUCUAUUGAUGUAGAUCCUGCAGCAUAUCUCAGAAGGUUUUCUUAUGAGCUGAUGGAUGUUGUUCGGAUGUGGGUGUGUGGACAUACGUUUGUCAGUAUCUGUAGCCGGACAAAUAUAUUUGAGGGAAGUAUCAUCAGGACGUUUAAGAGGCUUGAGGAGCUUCUUAGGCAAUUGAGUAGCGCAGCCAGAGUCAUAGGCAACACUGAAUUGGAGAACAUGUUUGCAUUGGGAAUAGCAAAGAUCAAGAGAGACAUAGUCUUUGCUAACUCUCUUUAUAUUUAG